GGCCGCGGCCGCGAACAAAGAAGCCGGGCGCAGCCGCGGGGACCCGCCACCGACCUCCCGGGCCGCGCCAGGGCCCUCCCGCCCGCCGCCACCAUGACUGCCAACGGCACAGCCGAGGCGGUGCAGAUCCAGUUCGGCCUCAUCAACUGCGGCAACAAGUACUUGACGGCCGAGGCGUUCGGGUUCAAGGUGAACGCGUCGGCCAGUAGCUUGAAGAAGAAGCAGAUCUGGACGCUGGAGCAGCCGCCCGACGAGGCGAGCAGCGCGGCCGUGUGCCUGCGCAGCCACCUGGGCCGCUACCUGGCGGCGGACAAGGACGGCAACGUAAGCUGCGAGCGCGAGGUGCCGGGCCCCGACUGCCGCUUCCUCAUCCUGGCGCACGACGACGGCCGCUGGUCGCUGCAGUCCGAGGCGCACCGGCGCUACUUCGGCGGCACCGAGGACCGCCUGUCGUGCUUCGCGCAGACCGUGUCGCCGGCCGAGAAGUGGAGCGUGCACAUCGCCAUGCACCCGCAGGUCAACAUCUACAGCCUGACCCGCAAGCGCUACGCGCACCUGAGCGCGCGGCCGGCCGACGAGAUCGCCGUGGACCGCGACGUGCCCUGGGGCGUCGACUCGCUCAUCACGCUGGCCUUCCAGGACCAGCGCUACAGCGUGCAGACAGCCGAUCACCGCUUCCUGCGCCACGACGGGCGCCUUGUGGCGCGCCCCGAGCCCGCCACCGGCUACACGCUCGAGUUCCGCUCCGGCAAGGUGGCCUUCCGCGACUGCGAAGGCCGCUACCUGGCGCCGUCGGGGCCCAGCGGUACGCUCAAGGCGGGCAAGGCUACCAAGGUGGGCAAGGACGAGCUCUUCGCCCUGGAGCAGAGCUGCGCCCAGGUCGUGCUGCAGGCGGCCAACGAGAGGAACGUGUCCACGCGCCAGGGUAUGGACCUGUCGGCCAACCAGGAUGAGGAGACCGACCAGGAGACCUUCCAGCUGGAGAUCGACCGCGACACCAAAAAGUGUGCCUUCCGCACCCACACGGGCAAGUACUGGACGCUGACGGCCACUGGGGGCGUGCAGUCCACCGCCUCCGCCAAGAACGCGAGCUGCUACUUCGACAUCGAGUGGCGUGACCGGCGGAUCACCCUGCGUGCGUCCAAUGGCAAGUUCGUGACGGCCAAGAAGAAUGGGCAGCUGGCCGCCUCGGUGGAGACAGCAGGGGACUCGGAGCUCUUCCUCAUGAAGCUCAUCAACCGCCCCAUCAUCGUGUUCCGCGGCGAGCAUGGCUUCAUCGGCUGCCGCAAGGUCACAGGCACCCUGGAUGCCAACCGCUCCAGCUACGACGUCUUCCAGCUGGAGUUCAGUGACGGGGCCUACAACAUCAAAGACUCCACAGGCAAGUACUGGGCAGUGGCCAGUGACUCCUCAGUCACCAGCAGCAGUGACACCCCUGUGGAUUUCUUCUUCGAGUUCUGUGACUACAACAAGGUGGCCAUCAAGGUUGGCGGGCGCUACCUGAAGGGGGACCACGCGGGGGUCCUGAAGGCCUGCGCUGACACCAUCGACCCCGCCACCCUGUGGGAGUACUAGCCCGGCCCCGCCCCGCCCCGCCCUGCCCCUUCUGCUAAUAACUCUUGUCCAGACGGGCUCCACGUGGUGCAAGCCCCUUGCCUUUCAAACUGGAAACCCAGAGGAAAUGGUGCCCCCACCCGCUGCCCCGUGCCUGAUCCUCGGAGGGGACCUCAGACCCCUCUGCCCGCUCUUCUCUGCCAUGGGCGAGGUUGGCACCCCUUUCUUCUGACCUCAGACAACUCUGAGCCUUAUUUCCCCAAAGUGGCCAAGGAGAGUGGGGGGCUGGGAGGCCUUCCCGAGCCCCUGGGCCUGGCGGGGUGUGUAACUGGAAUCUCCUGCCCCCUCCCAAGCGCCUCUCCCUGCCUCCCUCCUCCCCAGGAGCUGGGCACUUGCCCACAGCUUAUCGGAGCCCCGGGGUGCACCACCUCUGUGGCAGGGGGAAGUGAAACCCUGCGUGCCCACUGCUGGUGGUCCCUCUGCACCAAGCGGGCCCACCCGCCUGUCCACCGCUCUGGCCUGGGGUCUCCUGUCUCUCGUCUUUCACCUGGCCUGACUGGAAGCAGAAAAUGACCAAAUCAGUUUUUUUUUUUUUUUUUUUGAAAUGUAACAUUAUUGCCGAAGGCGCCCAGGCAAGCCUGGUGGUGGCCACGAGUGGUCUUCAAGGGGUCUGGUGGGGGAUCUUGAAACUGCAUCUCCGGACCUCGCAGCCCUACUUGCUUGCUAGCUGUGGGGGUGGGUGGGCAGGGUGCUCCCUAAAUCCCAAACCCACCCCUAUCUCCUUGGGGCCUCUCACUGGCCCCCUCCCUCUCACCUGCCCCAGCCUGAGUCCCCAUCUGCUGGUGCUGAGCCCUCCACCGCCUCAGCCAGAGCCCCCCGGGGUGAUCGGUGCUCCCGGUCCAACUGGACUCCUUGGGUCUCGGGGUGGGAUGAAGCUGGGUGGCACCCUCCGCCAGGAGCCCCCAGACCCCUGGCACCCAGCCCUGUCCUCUGCCAGCCCCCCCACCCCUGGUUCAUCUCUGCCAUGCAUCUCACUCUGGGUGUCUUGGUCUUUUAUUUUUUGUAAGUGUCAUUUGUAUAACUAAAUGCCCAUGGUAGUAGCUUCAGACUGGAAAGCAAAAUAAAAUAAUGCGUGUGUAGCCCUGA